ACGCCUUGUGACCCGUGGCCGAGAUCAUAUAAAUAGUCCGCCGUGGUAUUGGCCCGAAGGGCAGACGGACAACAACUGCGCGCAGGCAUCAUGACUCCAUCGGCGUGGGGACUGCUCUGUCUCAUCUGCAUCUUGGCAUCGGGAACUCUGGGAACUUUCCCGCAGUUAGGGUCACACAGCCGGAAGAUUCAUUCAAUUAGUCCUUUAAUCCCAAGAGUGUCCUCUCAAGUCCCUCCGCGGGUCUAUCAGCGCUUUGGAGACAUCGCAACUAUUGAACAAACCUCUGAUGAAGAACCAAGGGCUGAAACUGUUGAAGCGGUCCAGCUGGGUGUUUACGCACCCCGAGGCUUCCAGCAGCAGCAGGGUGCCAACAACUACCUGACGCAGGAGAGACGGGGCAGUGACAGUGGAGCAAGAAGGUCCAACUGCAGAAAUCGUCCUAUAGACCUUGUCUUCAUCAUAGACAGCUCUCGCAGCGUACGCCCUGCUGAAUUUGAGAAGGCCAAGGAGUUCCUGCAAGACAUGGUGGACAGCUUGGAGAUCGGCUCAGACGCCACACGGGUUGGCCUCGUCAAUUAUGCCAGCACAGUGCAGAUUGAGUUUCUGUUGAACACCCAUUUUGACAAAUCUGCACUGAAGCAGGCACUGGCCCGUGUUGAGCCCCUCGCUUCAGGCACCAUGACGGGCAUGGCCAUCAAGACUGCCAUGGAGAAAGCUUUCACCGCAGAGGCAGGAGCCCGUGCUAGCUCCAGGAACAUUGUCAAAGUAGCCAUCAUAGUGACAGAUGGGAGACCCCAGGAUAAGGUAGAGGAAGUAUCAGCAGCAGCUCGGGCAUCUGGGAUCGAGAUCUACGCAGUGGGAGUAGACAGAGCUGAUAUGAUGUCCCUCCGUCUCAUGGCCAGCCCUCCACAUGAUGACCAUGUCUUCUAUGUGGAGACCUAUGGUGUCAUAGAGAAGCUCACUUCCAAAUUUAGGGAAACCUUGUGUGGUAAGGAUGAUAAUGAUGGGAGUGCGGAUAGUCCAUUAGAUGGCGGAAUUGAUGAUUAUGGACUAGGACUAGAUGGCAGAAAAGACGGUAAUGGAAUUAGUAAUGAAAAAGAUGGUAAAGGAACCCACGGUUUGGAUGCAUGUGCUCAGGGACACAAUUGCCAGCAUAUUUGUGUCAACAAUGGCAACUCAUAUGACUGCAAGUGUCGCACGGGCUACGUCUUGAAUCCGGACAAGAAAACAUGCUCACGUUUGGAUGUAUGUGGCCAGGGACAUGACUGCCAGCACAUUUGUGUCAAAAAUGGCGAAUCUCACCUUUGCAUGUGUCAUGAGGGAUACGUGUUGAAUGCAGACCAGAAAACAUGCUCGCGUGCUGAUCCCUGUGCCCUUGGACAUGAUUGCCAACACAUUUGUGUAAACAGUGAUGACUCAUACAUCUGCAGAUGUAGAGUGGGAUAUAUCUUGAAUGCAGAUGAGAAAACAUGCUCACGUACAGAUGUAUGUGCCCAGGGACAUGACUGCCAACAUAUUUGUGUCAGCACUGACGAUUCGUUUGUCUGCAAAUGUCAAACUGGAUAUGUCUUAAAUGCAGACCAGAAAACAUGCUCACGAUCGGAUGUAUGUGUCCAGGGACAUGAUUGCCAGCACAUUUGUGUCAACAGUGAUGGCUCAUAUAUCUGCAAAUGUCAUGUGGGAUAUGUAUUGAAUGCAGACCAGAAAACAUGCUCACGUUCUGGUUUGGAUGCAUGCGCCCAGGGACACGACUGCCAGCACAUCUGUGUCAACAGUGGGAAUUCCUACAUCUGCAAGUGUCGAGUAGGAUACAUGUUGAAUAUUGAUCAGAAAACAUGCUCAGGCUCAGAUGCAUGUGCUCAGGGACAUGACUGUCAGCAUAUUUGUGUCAACAAAGGUGACUCAUACAGCUGCAAGUGUCGAGUGGGAUAUGUGUUGAAUGCAGACCAGAAAACCUGCUCACAGGAAAUGAGAAGUGAAAUAACUCAAGAUGCCUGCAUGUGUGAAGCUCAAAUUGUGUUCCAGAAGAAAGUACAGUCAAUCAUUCAGGAGCUGAGCAGAAAACUUGAUGAACUUUCUGACAAAGUGAACCUGAUUGAGGACCAAAAGCAGUAUUAAGAUGAAGAUGUCAAAGGACAUGAUCAGGACUAACAGUGUAUCCAAUUUUCCGACCAACCAAUGUCAUCCAUAAUCCUCAAAAUCUUUUCUUGUCUCACUGGAAAUGCAUUUGAUUUGGUAAAGGUGUGCAUGGUAUUGAGUUCUCAUACAGUGUACUGUUUUGUAUUAUAAACCUGCAAUUUGCAUUCAUAUCAGUGUCUCUUAUUACUUCGUAAAGUAAAGUCAGGUAUAAUUGGUAUAAAUGUUUACAUACCUGUAUAUUUGUUAAAAAUGUUAGGUGUCCUCCUGAGAGUGUAAGCCAGUCAGUUAAGACUUCAGCUUCUAAAAAUAUAUAAAUGAAAAAAAAUUAAGUAGUUUAAAGUUUUGCUUUUGUAAUGAAUGUUUUUGUCAUAUAUUUUCUGCUCACAGGGCAUUCCCUGGUCACUGUCCUUGUGUUCUUGGAAGAACACAAAGACUCCAUCCAUAACUAUAACAAAACUAAUCACUUGUACAACAGGAGCAUUGUUGUUACCCUCCCAUUUGCAGCACUGUUGCACAGAGAAAAGACCAAAAUAAAGCCUGGUCCAAUUGGCUCACAGCACUGUUACAUCACAGUGAAUUACCAAAAUCCUUUCCUUUGAAAUACCUGAGGUAUUUCAGUGACUUUAUUGCAUAACAUUGAUUGGUAAUUACUGUUUUGGUUGUAACAGACAGGUGUAAUUGCUUCCAGGAGAGGGAAAAGUGUGUCUGGAGUUCAAGGGUGAUUGGACAGCUUCAGUACUUUGUACACUUGGCAAAUCUUGAACCAAAUCCUGGCCAUUAAAGACUCUUUUAAAUGCACUAACUUUUAAAACAAGAUUUUAAGAUAGGAUCCCCCUAAUGUUUGCAUUCAGUUAAAAUAUUUUGCUGUACAGUAUUUUAAUCAUACAAUACAAACAUGUACUGUAUUUUCUACUUGUUAUUGCCAUGGAGCAAACAUAGAACAAAGUGAAAUUUGUGUUAUAUAGAGUCUUUGUAUUAACUGACAGUUCUGCAUGACAUACUAUGGUGCUUUUGUGACAGAAAAUAACUAGCCUGUAUGUUUUCUAUGGGGAGUAAAUUUGCACUUGGAAAAUAAAUAUUCUGAAACAAUGGAUCUAA